GUUGAGGUCAAUUCUUGACAGGGUAAGAAUUGCGGGCAGUGAGUCAGGUUAUCGUGGUGGAAGGAAGGAAAGAAAGAAAUCAGGCCAUGGUUUGCCGUCACGGUCACGGCCAUCCUCCCGACGGCCAUGAAUAACCUCCUUCCGCUCAACAUUGCUACCUUUUUCUGCUGAACCUCCCUUCCAGAGUAGUUUCGGCGCUGUCUAUGACGGCGAAGACCAAGAAAUGGUACGUUUCCUGCUACAUACCGUUGUCACCUCGUUGCUGACCGGCGAGACCAUCCUGAUUUCCGUAGAUCCGUCGCUUCUACCUUCUCUUGACCGGCCCUUGCCAUGCUGGAGAGAAGGCAAGGCGCAUAUAUGCUGGCUGGGCACCGAAUAUGCUGCAAUUGAAAAACAGACUGGCGACCGGGUAUGUCGUCCAUGCAGCCUCUCUAAUCCUUCCUUGACGCCUUCGGGCUCUCUAGGUCUCCACAGAAUACUUGCGGUCGAAGCAUGACGGCUCCAUUAUGGGCAGGCUACAAUAUAGAC